AUGAUACCUAAACAACUACCGAGGUUGUUAGGCGUACGCGAUUUGGUGAAAAUAUACGGUUUAACAGCAAGGGCUCAACUAAGUCAAAAUUUUAUCUUAGAUAAAAAUAUUACAGAUAAAAUUGUAAAAUGCGCAAAUAUAAGUCAAAAUGAUAAGCUCGUCAUUGAAGUUGGACCUGGACCUGGUUCGUUAACAAGGUCAUUAUUAGAAACGGGAAUUUCCAACAUCGUAGCCAUAGAAAAAGAUUCUCGAUUCUUACCUGUCCUUAUGCAAUUGGUUGAAGUUUCAGAACAUACUUUGAAAAUUAUGGAAGCUGCGCAAAUACGCGAAACCUUAAGUUCAGAUUCUAGUUUACAUCUAAUUGGAAAUCUUCCAUUUAAUGUUGCAACUCCACUUCUCGGACAAUGGAUAAAUAUGUUGUCAAAUCGAUCGGGAAUAUUUAAAUUUCCUAACAUUAAAAUGACUUUAAUGUUUCAAAAAGAAGUUGGAGAUAGAAUUGUUGCCGAUACAACUAGUUCACGACGUGGUCGGAUGUCAGUCUUGGUACAAAGUUUUUGUGAUGUUAAAAAGAUUUACGAAGUUCCUUCAAGUGUAUUUGUACCUCGUCCAAAGGUUGACGCAAGCGUAAUUCAAUUAACGGCUUUAAAAAAUCCAUUAUUGCAAGACAUAAUGGAAAGCACAGACAGGAUUGUGGAAAUCACCGACGAAAACAAAAUUGAGGAAAUUAAUGAUGAAACAAAAAAGGAAAAUAUAGAGAGUGAAAGUAUUAGUAGCAAUUCAAAACAGAUCGUUGAGGAAUCUACGGAUAAAAAAAAAACUGCUACUGUUGAAUCGGAGGAAGAUUCCGAAGAAGAUCUCCCAGAAUUAGAAGAGGAGACCAUGGUUCCUCCUGGAAUUACCCCAGCUGAUAUUUCCAAAAUUCAGAGUCGUGGUGAAAAGAAGGCUCGUAAGGCAAUGCUGAAAUUAGGGUUAAAAGUUGUACCAGGGAUUAAUCGUGUCACCAUCCGAAGACCAAAAAAUAUUCUUUUUGUUGUUUCCAAUCCUGAUGUCUAUAAAUCUGCCAAUUCUGACUGUUACAUUGUGUUUGGUGAAGCCAAAAUUGAGGAUCUUAAUUCUCAAGCUCAAGCUAAUGCCGCACAACAAUUCCAAGCUGCAGAAGCUGCGGCUACUGCUCAAGAAGUCACCAAGGUAGACGAAGAAACUGUUGAGGAAGACGAAGAUGAUUUGAAUGUGGACGAAUCUAAUGUUGAGGCUAAGGAUAUUGAGUUGGUUAUGAGUCAAGCGAACGUGUCUCGGCCUAAGGCGGUAAAGGCACUGAAGAAUAAUAGUAACGAUAUCGUUAAUGCUAUUAUGGAAUUGACUUGUUGA